CAAAGCAACUGGGUUUUGUUUCCAAAAAGAGCAACAAAAACUAGUUGCUGUCUUUGGAAACAAAAAUUCAACUAUGUGUCCACCAAAGCAACAUCAAUAGAUAUUUUUGUUUUCGGUUUGUUUUCAUCUGUUUCUACUAAAGAGACAGGAAACAGUUUGAAAAUGUCGACUAAGAGCGAUGAUUUAUUUGUGAUUGCAUGUGGGUUUUUCGUUAUUCAAUCAAUUAAAGAAAAACAGAAAAAAAAGAAAACCAAGAUAUUGGGUAAGGCCAUUUUUAAAGGAAUGGAAUAAGUAUGGCAUAAACGAAAUGAUUAAUAACCUACGAAAAGAUGAUUUGGGAAUAAAUGGUGAACUGAGCUCUACCUUUAAAAACUUCGUAAGAAUAUCAAGUGCUGACUUUGAGUAUUUAAUACAACUAGUGGGUCCAAAAAUUUUUAAGCAAAACUCCAACUAUAGAGAUGCUAUUUCCGUAACAGAUCGCUUGGCAAUUACAUUACGAUUUUUGGCAACAGGGGAUAGUUUUCAAAGCUUAAUGUAUUUACUCAAAGUAUCCACUACCACAAUUUCAAGAAUUGUGCCGGAAGUAUGCAGUGUUCUAUUCGAAGAACUAUGUCAUUUCAUACAGGUUCCAACUGUUCCCAAUGGAUGGAAAAAAAUUGCUAAUUACUACAAUAAUUUAUGGAAUUUUCCGAUGUGUCUUGGCAGUAUGGAUGGCAAACAUAUAAUAAUUCAAUCCCCGAAGUUCAGCGGAAGUGAAUAUAUAAACUAUAAGGGAACUUUCAGUAUUGUUUUGUUCGCUAUAGUCGAUGCCAAUUACAAUUUUAUAUAUGUUUAUAUAGGCUGUCAAGGUCGCAUCUCAGAUGGUGGAGUUUUUAAAAAUAGUGGAUUUGCAAAAGCACUAGAUAAAUCAAUGCUUAAUUUCCCACAACCAACUAUAUUACCUGGCCGACAAAAACCUGUUCCAUACGUUUUGGUGGCAGACGAUGCAUUUCCUCUGUCUGAAAACAUACUUAAGCCUUUUGCGGGGAAUCAGGAUCGCGGGUCAAGGCAGCGGAUAUUUAAUUACCGUCUUAGUAGGGCAAGGCGAGUUGUAGAAAACGCAUUUGGCAUUUUAACAUCAGUUUUUAGAUGUCUUCGAAAACCUAUGCUUUUAGAACCAGAGAAAGUUGAAAAAAUUACAAUGGCUUGCGUUACUUUGCACAACUUUUUAAGAAGAAAUGCACAAGCAAAAGAUCUCUAUACUCCACCAGGAUCAUUUGAUGCAGAAGAUUUAGAACUUGGGACACUAACUGAAGGGGCCUGGAGAAAAGAUUCGGAAGUGCUUCAAUCAUUUUUGCCUAUAAAAAAAGUGGCAAGAAAAUCCUCAUAUAUAGCUAAAGAAAUUCGAGACGAAUUUAGUGAAUACUUUGUGUCGGAAAUUGGACAAGUACCUUGGCAAUCAAAAUAUAAUUAA